AUGGAGAAGUUGCAGUGCUUAUCAGAGGAAGGGGAGCUUUCUCCGGCGGCAAGAAGGCUUUCGCUGAAAGUCCAUUUUAUUGCUACAUUUUUCCAGAUCCCCCCCGGCAGGGUUGCUGCUCUGACAUGGAUGUUUUCGCGAAAUUAUCGCAUCCGUGCAGGGCAUGGUCAUGGCAAGUUCAACGGUGCCUUUUCCGCGGACGGCAAGUUGCUGUGUUGUUUCUGGCUGUUUGCGGAAGACGUUCCCGGCCUUAGUCUUUGGGACAUGCUUCGCGGCGGGCUUCUGGAGAUGCCAUUCAGAUUUGGAUUGACUUCUAUGCGCCGACUGCUUGCUGUCGCGAAAUGGACAGAUGCAGCUUUGGACCGGUUGAAGCAGGAACACUCGAAGCACCUCUUGCUGGAACGCAUGGUGGUGUUGCCGGACUACCAGGGCAGCGGAGUCGGCACUGCUGCACUAAGCUUGGCCUUGAAGGAAGCAGACACAUGUGGUCGAGCAGUGCCUUGGGCUUCUCUAGUAGAGGAUGUGGUUUGA